CUCCUCGCCGGGCCAUGCGCAGCCCACAUGGAGCUGAGCUCGCCGCUGGCCAUCUACUCCAAGUCGGACCCGCAAACGGCCGAGGCCAACAAGGACUACUCGAUGACGAGCCCGCUCGAGAAGGACGGCUCGAAUUGGCCGGCCAAAGGUCGCGCGACCAAGGACAUUGUCGACGCCAUCGAGCCUGUCGCGACGCUCGUCGCAGGCGACGACUUUUCGUGGGACCUCGCAGGGACGGCCACGCACAAUGGCGGCAGCUGUCAGGUCGGCGUCAGCUACGACUACAUGGCCACCCAGGUCGUCAUCGCGUCGUGGAUCGGCGACUGCCCGCUCAAGAAGCCGUACACGUUCAAGGUGCCCGAGAAACUGCCAGGAUGCUCCAAGUGUCUCUUCUUCUGGUCAUGGUUCAACCGCACGGGCAAUCGCGAGAUGUACCAGAACGCGGCUGUCGUCUCGAUCAGCGGCACCUCGACCUCGUUCACGGGCCCGCAGGCGUUCCGCAUGAACACGUUCGGCGACGGCGUGUGCUCGUUGAUCGCCGAGGAGCCCGUCGUCUUUCCCGCACCGGGCGACCAGGUCAUCUACGGGUCCGGGUUCGACGCCAGCUCG